GUGGUCAUGAAUAGUUUGGUUGUGAUGGAGGUUUCUCAUCAACUUUUAGGCGAUCUUUGCAAAGCUAAUUUACGACACAUUUAAAACAUUUUCGUCCCGUUUUACUGGAAUGUCGCGCGUUUGUACUUUUCGGGAUUCACACCGGGAUUUGUUCCGUUAUCGCCAUCCAACCAGCCAGGACACGGAGUGACGAGCAGACUCCAUUUUCGUUUGCAGCUGAUCGGCGGAGAGCUAGCUACUUUAUGUUGCUAGGCUAACUUUCGCUUCCAGGCGUUAACUUGUCUACCUGGCGGUACUUUCGUCGGCUACAAAACGACUCCCAGCAUGCUGAUGGUGGGAGGCAAUGGACGGCUACACUAGAAUGAGUGUGAAGGAGUUGUGUGAGACCGAUGACCUGGCCACCAGUUUGGUGCUGGACCCUCUUCUGGGCUUCAGCACCCAUAAAAUGAACAUAAGUCCGGCACCAGAGAUCAGACGCUGGGGUGUCCUCAAGGAGACGCUGCUGCGGUUUCAGCGAACGCACGACUUCAACGCCACGUUUGAGGCGCUGACUGUUGGCGAACUCGCUGGCGACUACUUCAACGCUCUGGGGAGCCACCGGCAGGAGCUGCUGAGACAACAUGUGUAUCGCUACCUCAGUGCCUUCCUGCUGGACAGUGGGAUCAAGAUAGAGUCGUGUGAUAGAUAUUCGUCGGAGACCAACGGAGCGAAGAUAACGACUACCAGGCAUUGGUUCGUUGGCGAGCGCGUGGAGGUCCUACUGGGCUGCAUAGCGGAGCUGAACCCCGCGGACAGCGUCGUGCUGAGGGCAGGGGUCAACGACUUCAGCGUCAUGUACUCCACACGUAAACGCUGCGCUCAGCUGUGGCUCGGGCCCGCAGCGUUCAUCAACCAUGACUGCAAACCGAACUGCAAGUUUCUCCCCGGUGAGAAGAACAUCGCCUGCGUGGAAGUGAUCCGACCCAUCUCGCCUGGGGAGGAAAUCACCUGUUACUAUGGCGCCAGCUUCUUCGGCGAAGGCAACGAAAUGUGCGAAUGCUGCACCUGCGAGAGGAACGGCGAGGGCCACUUCAGGCACAGAGGGAAGCAGCCGGACAGCGAGGAGGGAAAGGAGGCCGUGGGCCAGAAGUACCGGCUCAGGGAGCGAUACCUGCGACACCACAGGGAGAGAGGACACCUGACCGCCAGGCCCAGCGCCCCAGGGAUCCACGCCGGGAUCUUCACAGCGAUCCCCUCCAGGAACUCCUUCACCCAGCAGAUGAGGAGAAACGCUCUGAAGAACAAGAAGUUGAACUACACCAAGAGGUGGAGGCGUGAGAAGCAGAGGCGGUCGGGGAAUUACCUGCUGAAACGCUGCCGGACCGUUCCGCUGCCGCCCCAGGUCACUCUGAGGGACCUGUGCAUCAGAGUGCGGCGCCACUCGGUGGAUUUCCUGCUGCACUGCAAGGAUCCCAAAAGCAAAGAGAGGGCCUUGCUGCAGGAACUAGAGGAGGUGAAGCCAAGAAAAGCGACUGUUGAGGAAAACCCGAAAUCUUUGACUUUGAAUUCCUCUGUGCCGGCCAAUCUGAGAAGCAGAUCCGCCGUGAAUAGCGUGGCUUUGAACAUGAAGAUCUGCUCAAGAACCAAAAGCAUGGUUCAUAAAACGCAGGAGACAAAGACGGAGUCCAGUAGCACAAACACAACUAACACUACUACAGUUUGUCCGCCUGUUGAAAGGGACAAAACCUGCAGCGCAACAAAGCAGGAGAACACGAAAAAAGCAAUCACUGAAAGUCAAAGCAGCAAAGUUGAAUCCAGGAUCGCCGCUCCGACUCUGACCGUGUUGGAGAAGGCUGCUGACAAUCCAGCAAUCACCCUGAAGCAAUACGUUACCGUCGACCUUACCAGGUUAUCAAUCCCGCAACCCGCCGAGGCUGGAAAAACACAAGAAGAGGAGAAAAGUGGUGUUUUAGGGAGAGGAAGGAGCCAACUGCCCCCCAAACCUGGGAACCUGCCAAGAAAACAGGUUUUCAGGUCAGACGUCUGCACUGCUACGAGCAAACGAGGAGGGAAGGAAACGCUCCUCAAGGCCACAGAUGGAACAGAUGCUCACAAAGAAGUCGCCGGGAAUCCAUCUGGCUGCGAGAAGGAGGGGGUUGACAGAGUUGUGGAAAUAAAAACAGUGCAAACGGAGCUCAAGGAAGAGAAGAGAGACCCUAAGUUAACUGAAGCUGAAAAAGUGGGGAAGUCGAAAGAAGGGAGUAAUAUCCAGAGUGUUAAAAAUGCAGAGAAAGUGGAAGUUAAAGUGUCAGGACAGACGAAGAGAUGCUUGAAUGAGUGUCCUGAAGAUGUGGUGAUAAAACAGGCAAAGGUUUUGCUGUCGGACAUUUUAAGGAAAGAUAAAUCUUUUUUAGAUCAGAGGCUGCAGGGAGACAUAAACAGAGGAAGUUGCAAUCGUUCAGUUAAGGGACGGUUUAUGAAAAAACGAAGUGUGCGAAAAACUAAAUUAGAUGAAUCACAAAAUGGGACGGGAACCCCAAACGAUGAGCGAUUGGUUUCUGUUUGCACGGACUUGGGUGUGAAAAGUACACAGGUCCAGUCCGAACCGAAGUGCAAUGAACUGCUGGCCUCCUCCUCCAUCAACUCACUACCUCACAGGUCGGCCGUUUCUACGAAGGCUCAGCCGCGCCCGGACGCCAACCCGCAGUCCAACAUACCUCUGAAGAAACGCACAUUUCGGAGCUCCGUGGAGAUCGACUCGCAGCGAGGUCCGACUUCCGCCUCCGAUCGUGUUCAGAAAAACACGACUGUGGUGACGUCGCCUCCAGCCCCACAACAGAACACGUCCGCUAUGUCUGGAGAAGCCAAGAAAGAUAAUAAAUCAGCUCCAAGGCGGAUCCAAAAACAACCUGUAGUUACCAGAGUGCUUCGCUCCAGACCUAAUGGAUCUCCACGAGGCCACCUGCUGAGGAAAGUCCGGCAAUGCAAACAAGAAAAUCAGGAGGAGGAUAUUUAUGAAGAUCCUGUCACACGUAGAUCCCAAAAAAACUCCCAGAAUAACCUGGAAAUAUCGUCCCCUGAAGAAAACAGCUCAGAGGAAACAAAAGCCGGCUUUGAUUUCAAGAUCCGCCUCAAGCGGAGAAGAGGGAGAGUGUGGGAUGUUCAGGGCGACAGCUUGGCGCUGAAAACGGAAAAGCACGACGACUCGAUGGCGUGUGAUCCUUUCAAAGCAAUCAUGGAUUCUGUGUCCAUCUUAAACCGAGAGAUGGAGGCUCACGUUCAAGCGAGUCAGAAGUCGAAGAGCAGACUGCAUCGAUUGAGACGAAGAAACGACAAAAACAACAAAAAACAAGUUACUGACAUCCAGAUGGAUGGAGUUAGUGAAACUAAAGUCGGACUUCGCGAAUCUGUUGACGAAAAAAGUGACAUUACAGCAAAGUUGGAAAGCCGGCCCCUGUUGAACCUGAACGGAACCAGUGAGAUGCUUCCAGAAACUAAAGUGGAGGAUCGUCUUUUAAAAAGCUGCUGCCUGUUUGAGAGCACGUCCCAACAAAAGCUGGGGCCAGAACUGGGCUCAAACGGCCUUCAAUUACCAGUUCUGAAACUGAGGAGGAAGGUGGAAGAUAUCUGGGAGGUGGACAGCAAAAAGGGGCUUGUACUGCCCGACCUAAGAGCUGAGGUUAACGUCAAGACAGAGGUCAAGAGUCACGCCUUAGGGAGGCAGAAGAAAGAGGAGACUUGUCUGAGACUCAACAGCAAUCUGAUGUCUCUAAAAACAGAACCGCCCCCUUUUUCCCUCUCUCUUUCGCCGUUGUCGCUGUCAUCACCUCUUAACGAGGGAAAAACUGAAGCUGCACACUCAGCUGGAGAGCGAAUCAUAGAAAGGUUGGAGACGUACAUGGGGGGAAGGAAACAGAGGCUGAAAGUUGACAAACAGCCCAAGAGUGUGCCCAUGGAGAUGCCCACCCCUUGUCUGAGUCACACACUCCAGCAGAUUGACAACAGCCUCUCCAGACUCUCCGAAGGCCUGUGUUCUUCUCAGACGCUGGAGAAGCCUACGGCAGCUGGUGCCAGUGCCUCCGGUUCUGUGAUCCAGACCCCGUCCCAGUCCCCCCCGUUUGUGGCCGCUGACAAUAUGCUGUCCGCCGAGCCCAGCUUCACCAACUGCUGCGAAGACAUCCUGGACUUCCAGUGCCUCGGCUUUGAUGGAUACGACCAGCCGCAAAACAUUCUCCCAUCCUCCCCGUCAGAUCUGUGCUCCCUGGACCCACCCACCGACCCAUUUAGCAGUCCUCUUUCCCACAGCCCGACCGACACUUGGUCCACCGAAACACCCUACCUGGGCCCACCAAGUCCGGGGAAUAACUUCACCAGUGAGGAUCUGCAGUUUUUCCCGGGCUUGGUUGCUUCCAAAAGUGACUCCGGGAGUGUUCAGAACUGUGAAGCCAAGGGCAUCUCCAAAGACGGACCCAACUCUGGUUUUGGGUUUUCAGCUUCGGUAAAUUCAGACGUUGUGAGCAAGGAACGUAUUAUGAGCAAAAAUCUGGGAGCGAGGCUCUCCAAAGAUGACCCCAAAACUCAACCAUCUUUGUCCGUCGCCAGCAAGCCUCGUAUUUUCACCGGAAAUCCCGUCGUUUUAAGCCAGCCUUCCAUCAACUUCAAGGCCACCACCAGCCAAUCAAAAACGCAGCUCAACCUCAAAACCCAAGGCCCGUUCCAUCGCAUGACCAUUCCAAGUAAAUCCCAGUCAUUCCCAAGUAACCAGCCAACUGUGGUCAGAGGAACGCCGGCUCAAGUGUCCAACAGAUUCCUUUCCCCUUCAGUCCUCUCAACAAAGAAUCCCAACUCUCCUGAAAAUCCAUUCAGCUACCAGGAGAAGCCAUCUACGGUAAUCCACAGGGUUCUGAAGUACCAGGGGGGUAGCCAGACGCAGAACCUGUACAGCGCGCCGUGCGAGGACACUGUAGCUGCUAGUGGCGGCGCCCGGAUCUCUGCCAAACAGAGUCAGAAAUUUGUUCCUAAUGUGUCUCAAAAAACCAACAUAUCUUUCCAGGGGUUCGGAAAGGAUGUCGGCCAUUUCAGUUCCUCCAGCAACCUCACCAGCUCCAACCUUCAUUUCAGCAGACCCAGUUCCUCGGUUUCACAGUCUUUCAGUAAAAACAAGAUGGCAUCAGACAAACAGGAAGCGGCUGAAACUAACAUGGGGUACAAAAACUUUUCCGAGAUGCCGAGGCCCUUCUUCUUUCCUAGCAAAGCACCUGACUGCUACUCAUCCCAGCAAGACAAGAAGCUGGAUAAAACCGACAGACACCAGCCAUGUUACACACAGCAGGAUGCUUAUGACUUUAGCUAUUCCUCUCUCUCACCCAUUUCCCAGCACAGCAGCCCUCAACUAGUCCACAGCACUCCUCCAAGUACACCAGCACCCAAAACCCAGUCCACCGCCUCCUUCCCUUAUGGCUACCAAGGUCCUCCCUAUGUGCUGAACUUCAGCGGCGACCACUCACUCACUCUGGGCCUGAGGGACGGUUCUGAUGGCUACCCGGGCCUUUCUGCUACAAACUACACCUACCACUGCCUGAUGGAGCCCUCGGGCACUCAAGGACGGCUAGUCCUUGAACCUUGCGGACCCCAACUGUCCAACCCAUCCUCGUUGUGCGGGUUCGCUGGCCUCAGAAGUCAGGACGAACACUGCCGGAAGGACAUGCAACAGCAGUGCCAGCCAGGGGAAAACCAAGGUGCUUCACACUACGGUGGGGUUCCUAUGUCGCACCCAAUGGGCACCACAAAACCCAAACGGGUGCGGCUGGUGGUGACGGACGGUACGGUGGACUUAGAUUUGCAGUACUCGGACUGAGAGUGACUGGUUCUCUUGAAACCUUUUAGAUGUUGGUUGUUUUUCUAAACGUUUCUGUUCAUAAUCUGCUUUUCUAACGAAUUAUCUUGAUGUAGAAAUGACUCAUGCAGGGUUUGAAAUGGCAGAAAUAUCCACUACAGUUUGUUCAGAAUACCAAAUUUUAAAGCAUUACCUUUGAACCUGCAGGUCAAGUGGAAUUCUUUGCAAAAAAUUAUUCAUAUGUCUUAAAGUUUUUCACAUUUCAUCACUUUAAAACCACAAAACUCUUAGUAUUUUUUUUCUUAAAAAAAUACUGACUCAGUUGGAUUUAAGUCUGUACUUUGAUUAGGCCAUUCAAAUACAUGAAUUGAAUGAACUUCAGUACAGUGGGUGUUGUUCGUUUUAGUUUGUCUGCAUAGUUGAAGGACGUAGUAUUAGACGGAGAACUUAACAGAAAAAUUAACUAAAGUAGUAAAAUGGUACUUCUUUCACCAACUUACAAUCCAAUAUGGCCGCCUUACUUUUAAAAAUGUAGUAAUAAUCAGCGAAUAUAUAAACACUUGAACUUGAGGCAAAAUGUAGCUGAGUAAAUUAAUAAUUAACUGAGCUACAUCGUCUGUUAAUAGCUGGUUUUGCUAAUAACAGUUAGCCUGAUCAGUUAGCAAAUCUCUUUGUUGUAGUUUAGCCUUACAGCUUCCAUCCAAACCUUGGAUCUGGAAUGGAAGUAUUAUCCACAGCUACCAGCAUUUGCUCCUGGUUCACUGUACCACGUCAGGGCAGCUGAAGUACCAGGAGUUGUACGUGUACCACAGUUUGAGAACCAUAUAUCUAAGUCAUGAGUUCACAUCUUCUGCAGCUUGACUCCGCUCCACCCUCAGAGUUUGGCUCCAUCCAUCUUUCUGUUAACUUGGGGAAAGAUUCUGUGUCCCUGCUGACGGGGUUAAAAGGCAUCCCCACAGCAUGAUGAUGCCACCACCAUGUUUUAAAGUGUUUUCUUGUGUGUUGGCCAAAAUGUUUCACUGAUCUUCCCACUUUUUUUGCAUCUUUUACAAACCAGAUUUGUAGAGUGCUCCAUUAAGCAUUGUCCUGCUGUCCAGCUUUACUUUGACUAGGCUGUACUAAUACAUAAAUGUGCUUUAAUUGUGGUUUUUGUCAUGUUUAGCCUCACCUCUACCCCACAGCUUUUUCAUCGUCUAUUAAGUUUGUAGAAAUGUAUCCCCACAGCAUGAUGCUGCCACCACCAUGUUUCUUGGUGUUAGUGUUAGUUUUCUGCCAUUAAGUCUAAAUUAUUUCAUGUAGAAUGUCAAAUAUUACAGAAACAUGCAUCAGUAUUAUGUCAAGUUUGAAGUUUGUGGUUGUAAAAUGACAAAAUGUGAGAAACUCAAAGGGAUUUGAAGACUUUUUGCGAGGCACUGCACACAUCGAAGCCCUUCUUACCGUACUGUAACAUAGAUGUAUGAAUUUUUCUAUCCCAUAAAUGGUAGUAGAGCCAGAAUCCACCUGAACUGUUUGCUGGUGGAGCUUAAAGAGGCGGUUUGGUGCCUCGCUCGUGAUGUUUUCAAGCACCCGUAGAAUUAUUAUUUAAAAAAAAUUUUUUUUUAAUACCCACGUUAAGCUCUCGUCUCACUUCUGCGUGUAAACUCCUGAGUUGUGUGCAUGUGUUGGAUGCGGCUGGAGGUGUGUUUGCAUGAUCGGUGCAGUGAAAGACUUCCUGUACGAAUCCAGGACCAUUUCCGUUUUCCUCCAUGUUGUUGCAUCAGCAGUGUGACAAUCCUCUCAUCUACAUUGGUAAUUUCUAAUCCCUCAGAAGGAUUAUUUUAUAAUGUUACCAUGUUAAUAGUGCUUGUUGAUGAAGCUACUCAUUUACAGAUAUUUUUUAUUUUAUUUUAUUUUGGUCGAGAUUGAGAACAUUUCGUGCUGAAAGUUGAAUCGGUUUGACUUCGUGCGGUGGGAGCGUUCUUGUGGUUACCGUGACGAUGUACUGUCUUGUUAUGACAAAGAAACAAAAAAAAGGCCAAUUAUUUAUUUUAAUAUCCUCACUUCCGGAAAAGGUGCUUUCGGUGUAAUUUAUAUUUCACGUUGAUUGUUCAAACUAUUAAAUGUGUGGUUUUUAAAAAAUAUUAUUAUUAUUAUUAUUGUUAUUUAACGGGACAUGAUGAUAUUUACAUGAUGUAUUUAAUUUUAAAGACCAGUUUUUUUAACUGUUGCAGAUGAAACUAGCUUGUCUUUUUUCUAAUUGGCUGUUAGUCCUACUGGAAGUCUGUUGUAGAAAUGUACAAAUGUAGCCUAUAUCAUUAAAGAUGAUUCUUUUUUUUA